AUCGACAAGCCGGGUACACCUGUGGCGGCGGCGAGGGGAUCGCGCAGUUGUACGCCAACUAUGGGAGGAAUCCCUGGUCCCUUGGCAUCGCGGGUCUAUCAUCCGCCAUCGUCGCAGCAAACGCCACCGCAGGGCUAUCAGGGUUUGCCGUCCCGCGGCAAUGAGCCGCCGCAAUCGCCUUCGCCGUACAGCAACUUACCAUACGCCAGGACUUCGAUGAGCGUACUCGUUCCAUAUGAACGGCGAGGGUCAGCUGCAGCCGGUGCCAUUCCCCACGGACGCUCUGAUAGGGCCGGGAAUUCCACGUCACGCGCGUCAGAUUAAUACCUUGACUCACGGCGAGGUUGUGUGCGCCGUUACCAUCUCGAAUCCGACCAAGUACGUCUACACGGGCGGCAAAGGGUGCGUUAAAGUCUGGGACAUCGGGCACGGAGGUGGUGGCAGUAUCAAGCACGUAUCGCAACUGGACUGCCUGCAACGCGACAAUUAUAUUAGGUCGGUGAAAUUGCUGCCAGACUGCAGAACCCUGAUAGUCGGAGGUGAGGCGAGUCAGCUGAUCAUCUGGGACUUGGCUAGUCCCACGCCGCGAAUCAAAACGGAACUGACGUCAGCGGCGCCGGCCUGUUACGCGCUGGCCAUCUCGCCGGAUUCGAAGGUCUGCUUCAGCUGCUGCAGCGAUGGUAACAUCGCCGUGUGGGAUCUGCAGAACGAGACGUUGAUUCGACAGUUCCAAGGCCACACGGAUGGUGCCUCCUGCAUCGAUAUCUCGGCGGACGGCUCGAAGCUGUGGACCGGAGGAUUGGACAACACAGUGCGUUCGUGGGAUCUUAGGGAGGGCAGACAGUUGAAGCAACACGACUUCACAUCGCAGAUAUUCUCGUUGGGCUACUGCCCGACCGGAGAGUGGCUUGCAGUUGGUAUGGAAAAUUCGAACGUCGAGGUGCUUCACGCCUCCAAGUCCGACAAGUAUCAGCUGCAUCUUCACGAGUCGUGCGUGUUGUCGCUGCGAUUUGCCUCGUGCGGCAAAUGGUUCGUCUCCACCGGCAAGGACAAUCUGUUGAAUGCAUGGCGCACUCCGUAUGGCGCUUCGAUAUUUCAGUCGAAGGAGUCCUCGUCGGUGUUGAGCUGCGACAUCUCUGCCGACGACAAGUACAUCGUGACCGGAUCCGGUGACAAAAAGGCCACUGUUUACGAAGUGAUUUACUAGACGCGUACGGUAAAGACAUUUCACGUUUUCCUCCCUUGGUCGAAACCUGAACUCUUUAACAUGCUCUCCUCCUCGCGGGAGAGAUCCUACAAGUGAGACUUUUUAGCAGCCUUAGGAACCUAGACUGUUACUAUACUGUGUAUAUAUACAUAAUGAGUCUGUAUUAACGGUAGGGAUUCGCGUUCGAAAGCAACAAAAGCACGAACAGACAAAAGAGAAAGAAAGAGUGAACCUGUGUGUGUGUGUGUGUGUGU